CUUCAGGUCCUGGCUCAGUCAAACCCCGCCCAUCCCAUACUAAUGUUCCUAGCAAGUCGCCUGUGUGUUUCUCAUCCAUUUUCGUGUUACUGCAGUCCGGAUACCAUCUAGCCCAGUUUCUUCCUGAAGUCCAACGGUAGCCGGUCUAACCCUGGAGAGCUAUAUACCUCGUUGUGAUCCAUUAAAGAAACUGACGACGUCCCCUACGCGAGUUUUUGUUGGUCCCACCACCACCCAUCGCCAACAACACGACCUCUCUAGCCUUCCCGCCUCCGCGCCACAGUGGGUUUUUGUGUUGCAAAAGAGGAGGAGCGAUUGAAGGAGACAGGACGACUGACUGGAGAGUAGUCUGCUCGCCACAGCGAGAAGCAAACCUGACUGCUGCCGUUGUGGCACCAACAGCUAGCCGGUUGUUGUUUAUUCUCACUUUCAAGCCACCGGACUUUUUUUUUUUUUUUAAAGUAGCGUUGGUGCAAUCUCCACAGCAGGCGAGGAGAAGGAGCGGACAGUUUUUUUAAUAGAAAAAAAACGAAAGAAGAAAAAUCGGGGAACACUGUGACAACGCCUCUGUAGUACAAGAUGGACUAGUCCUGAAAGAGCUCCUCCCCCUCCUUCGUCUUGUGUUCCCUGGCUGGGCCUGGUUAGCUUUUCCUUGCGCCACAAUCUCAAAGCAACAAAAGCCUCAAUCUCAAACAUCCUGCCAAAGGCAGCUAUGGAAGUUGUUGUGGCAGAAGAGAAGAAGAAGAUUUUCCGUGCCAGGAAAACCAUGAAGAUCAGUGAUCGGCAGCAACUGGAAGUUCUUCAUGGCACCUUGUUUACGGCUGCGACUAGUUCAUCUGAACCAUCUAUACCUCUAAUGAACGGCUCACACAAAGAGGACGGACAAAAGAGCGGGGAGGCCGAACAGAACAGCCACCAGGACUCAAACUCCCCGAUCCCCACAUCACCUGCCUCUCAGACCUCGCUGAGCUCUCCCGCUCCAUUCCUGUCACUUAGUCUAUCCCCCUCGCCUGUACCUUCGCAAAGUCCAAAGGAAAAGGAUGAUUCUGCCCCUUCUUCACCAUUCCACUCUAUUAACUUUGAACUGAAAAAGUUGGAGGACGAAAAGACUGAUUUGUCAUCGCCCUUGUCAAAGGAGACUGUUGAAGCAGCAGCAAAGGAAUCCAAAGAGCAGCAGGAUGAAGACGGCAAGGUGUUGGAAGAGACAGAGGAGGACCAAACCGCCACAGAGGGCAAAGCUAAUGAUUCCAACAAGGACCUUGCUAAAGAAUUAGCUUCCCGUUUGCCACCUCCAGUAUCUGACUGUACAAUCCUAAUGGAAACCGACACUACUCCCAAGGCCAAGCACACAGCUCCAACAAAGUCUUCUAUAUCUUUGACUUCCAUUUCCUCCACUCCUACUUUUUCUGUGGAUAUAAACCAAGAUGUAAAAGAGGAAAUGAGUGGCAAUGAAGAGACAAAGAAAGGCUUGAUAAAAGACAACAAAAUUGAGGUGGACUUUGUAAAAGUGGACACCAAAAAGGAAAAAGUGGAAGUUGGGCAGAAGUCCUCUCGCCCAUCAUCCACCCCACCAUCUAAUACAGCGUCAGAUGAAAGAAACUUUGCUUCUGGACUCAAGCGCACUUUAUCAGAGGGCUUUGACAGCGAUGGGCAAGCUCUGAAAAGGGAGGGGAAGAGACCGAAGAUGGAACGAGGAGAGUUGGAGGCUGAACUGGAACUGAAAAUAACGGCAAAAGCUGGCAGUCAUCACAAGCUUGAGAAGAUUGUGCAGCAAUUAGUGGAGGAACGAUUGAGGAUCCUAGAGAUGUCCAUUUUUGAGAAAAAUUUCCUGGAGAUGAAGGGCAGAGUUGACAAGAUUGACUGUGCCAAUAAGCACCAGACAGCCAUCCACACUCUCCAAGCCAAGAUAGCCCGACUGUCAAAAAAGUUUGGUGAGGCUAAUCAAGCAUCAGAGAACAAAAGGAAACAGGAGGCCCUUGCCGCUUCUGCUGCCGUCGCUGCUUCUGCUUCUGCCGCUGCUGUCAAGUCAACUGUUGCAAGCACGCCUCAAGUUCAACGGCCAGUCGUCCGGGCGUCCAUGGAGGUGAAGCAGCCUUCAGCGACAACUGUUACGAUACCUUACACCAAUGCAAAAUCCGUCCCACCUUCUCCGGCUCCAGCACCAGCACCUACCUCCACAGCUAUGGUUUCACAGGCCCCCAUCAUUAAACUGAUCACCUCCACCCCUAAUGCUGUCUCCACCUUGGCUACUGGCAUCACCACUCAGAGUUCUCCAGGCACAUUGGUGCUGAAGACAGCCCCUGGGAGCGGCGUGAUGGCUACUGGCCAGCCACUCCUCAUACAGCUCCCGCUCUCCAUGGCUAAUGGCCAGACAGGAACACUGGUCAACAUCCCGGUGUCCUCUCUGUCUGCAGCAAGCUCGCUCAAUAAGCCCAAAACCACUGCUUCCACUGCCACUUUCAUCAUCAAGUCCGCUCCUGUCACUACGACUGCCGCAGCCUCCAUUCCAGCUGCUGUCACUGUGCCGGCGCUCCAGGCUCCGACUGGACAGAUGCCUGCGGGUCAGAUCUCGCUUGCCCGAGCUGUAUACCAAGGUGGUGCUGGAGGGAUAAGUACCCCAAGUGCCGGAGUGUCUGUGACCACAGCCAGGACCGUGGCUCAGCCUGUGUCUGUAGCUGGAGCCAUGUCGACGGUCUCUUCAUCGGCAACUUCUGGUCCAGCGGCGACGGGUUCAGCAGCUCCAGGCCCACCACAAGGGACAUCUCUGACAUCCAAAACAGACAACCAAGCCACAGGAUUCACCCCAUCUAAAGUAGCUACUCCUGGAGCACGUCCCAAAGGCUCUGUCAUUGACCUCACUGAAGACGACGAUGAUGUGAUGGUGACUGGAGUGAAGGCGGCGACAGUCCCAGCCCCCUCGCCGACCCAGCGUUCGCAUACAGUCAGCAUUCCAAGCAGCUCAGGGGCCAGGUCUUCCCCGCAAAGCAGCCAGAACACCUCCAGCAGUAAUCCAUCCGCGCACAACCGCCCCCAGCUGGAGUCUUCAACGAAAUCCCGUACUUCAUCAACCACUACGCCAAGCCGUGGCUCCAGCACAACACUGCCACCGCUCCCGGCUGCACCUACACCCAUGAGCCUGCCACCUGAGGCUCAGCGGACCUCGCCUCCCCAGCAGCCUCAGCUCAAGCUGGUGCCAAGUCAAACCGGCAUAGUGCUAUCGUGGUGUGUGUCCGAAACCGAUCUAACGUGCGCGGCUGUUGAAAGCUACCACCUGUAUGCUUACCACCAAGACUCAAACACCAAUUCCAGCAGCAACGCAGCUCAGCAGCACUGGAAGAAGAUCGGGGAGGUGAAGGCCUUGCCACUGCCAAUGGCCUGCACACUGACUCAAUUCCAGUCCGGCUCCACAUAUCAUUUUGCAGUCCGGGCCAAAGACAUCUAUGGUCGCUUUGGCUCCUUCUGUGAACCCCAGUGCACAAAUGUUAUCAAUUCCAGCUCAAACUGAACAGCUACAAAGCUAUAAGUAUUCACAUUUGACUGUUCUCCGGUUUUUAUUCAACUUUUGUCUUAGGUGCUCUACUGUUGUGCUUUGUAGACAUAAUGCAUCUGUAAAUACUUCCGUGCAGGCUUCUGACUUAUGUCUAGGAACGUUACAAAGGUUGCAGUUGAAUGGUUUGUGUAUGUCAUGUAUUUUUCAGGGUUGAUACGGUUUGUAUAUAAUUGAACUACUUUCGCUCCUCACUUACCAUGUCAAAUAAUUUAUGUUAAUGGAUCAUGUUAGUCUCAUCCAGCUUUCAUUUGCUUUACUGGAGACAUGAUACCAUGAGGAUUGUCGUGUAAACAGAAUUGCACAAAAGCGUAUGUGUGAUAGGAAGUAAAUGAUAACUUUUGUAAGUUUUGUCUGGUAACCAGACUUGUGACAAACACAAUAAAAGGUUUUAUUAAAGCCUGGUCUUGACUUUGUUUAUGGAGCAUUUCAUUUUGUGAGAGUUAAUGCAAGUUAAUGC